CCCUGGCCUUCCUCCCCCCGCGGAUGCGCUGCCUCCUCCCGUUCCGCAGACGGGGCUGCCCGCCCGAUGCCGGGGCUGCCCGGGCGCCUGGUGGCAGGGAGUUGCAGCGGCUGGAACUGCUGCGGGGAUUGGCCGGAUCCCGGCCGCCCUCUACCUCCAUGUGACGGGGGACGUAGGAGGAAGGCGCAAAUAGAGAGAGAGAGAGACAGAGAAGGAGAUGGAGGGAAGGGAGCAGGACGGAGGAGGGAGGAGAGGAGCCAAGCGAGCCGACGACGAGAGCCAUGGAGGUCCAGAAGAGCCGGGGCCGGCCAAGGGGCGCUUCAGGCCCGGGCUGGGCUUGCAGUUGGAUAUGGAGAGCCAAAGAACAUCCGUUCUCCACCGGGUGGUCAAUUUCGCCCCCAGUCCUCUCCCUGGCAGUACGACACAAAGACCACUGAGCCAAUCAGCUUCUACCUCUCUGGCUUGGAAGAGCUGCUUGCCUGGAAGCCCACCAGUGACGAUACUUUCAAUGUGUCCACAGAGCCGCUGGCCAAACACGAGCCUCCUCUCAACAGCCGUAGGCCCCGCACGCUGGUGUGCCACGAUAUGAAGGGAGGUUACCUGGAAGACAGGUUCAUCCAAGGCGCAUUGGUGGAUGACCCCUUUGUGUUCUACCACUGGCGCUACAUUGACAUAUUUGUUUACUUCAGUCACCACAAUGUUACCAUCCCACCUGUGGUCUGGACUAAUGCUGCUCACCGCAAUGGAGUCCUCAUGCUAGGGACCUUCAUCACAGAGUGGGGAGACGGUGCAAAGAUGUGCGAGUCCUUCUUGGCAAGCGAGGAAGCAUACCACGCCGUGGCUAAUCAGCUGGCUGCGAUUGCGCAGUUCUAUCGUUUUGAUGGCUGGCUGGUCAACAUUGAGAACUCUCUGAGUGUGUCAGCAGCGCGUAACAUGCCCCACUUCUUGCGCUAUCUGACGGCCCAGGUGCACAGAGCUGUGCCGGGAGGGCAGGUGGUGUGGUAUGACAGUGUCCUGCAGAACGGGGAGCUCAAGUGGCAGAAUGAGCUGAACGAGAAGAACCGGGUUUACUUUGAUGCCUGUGACGGGUUCUUCACCAACUACAACUGGACGGAGGAGUACCUGCUGCGUACGCGAGAGAUGGCCGACGACCGCCGGGCGGACAUCUACGUGGGCGUGGACGUGUUUGGCCGUGGCGUUGUGGUGAGCAGCGGCUUUGACACAAACAAGUCCCUGCGCAUGAUUCGGGAGCAGGGCCUCUCGGUGGCCAUUUUUGCACCUGGCUGGGUAUAUGAGCACUUAGGCCCGACCAACUUUCUGAACAACGAGGACAAAUUCUGGGCCCUGCUCUCCGAUCUGCUGCCCACUCACAGCGUUGGCUCCCUCCCCUUCAGCACCUCUUUCUGCCUUGGGAUGGGGAAGAGGCACUUCCGCAAUGGGCAGGAGAGUAGGACGGAGCCCUGGUACAACCUGAGCGCUCAGGAGGUCCAGCCACUGUACGCCGAGCGCAGGAUGCCCCAUGGGGGCUGGCUGAGAACACGCUGCUGCCUGCAGGAUGCCUGGUGCGGGGGCAGCUCCCUGCUGCUGGAAGGGACCAUCCCGCCCAAUGCAGAUCACGUCACAGCCAGGCUGUUUUCCUUCCAGGUGCCAGCACCCCCCCGGCUGUUCCUGGUCUUAAUUUAUAAACACGAGGCCUCUUCCCAAGGCACGACCUUUGCACCGGUGUUCACCACGCGGCAGUCCAGUUCCUGCUUCUCCAGCGGCGAGUCGGGAGAACCAAGGAAGCACAAACCCUCCCUACUCCCCACACCUCCCCAUUACCUUGCCCAGCUGCUCAGGGGGGCUGGACGGCGUGGGGAACAUGACUGGCAAAGUCGAUGCUAUGAGCUGGAGCUCCAGAACUGCUUCCUGGACCAACUUUCAGUGACUGUAUCGCGUCGCCAGUCUGGCCAGAAUGAGGUGACCUUUGCAUGCCGCCUGGGCAGGAUCUGGGUGCUGGAUGCCACUGCUCUGCGCCCACUGCCAUCCGCUGAUGCUGCCAUCCCAGUGUCGCCUUUAGAAGUUGCCCAUGUCCGUUGGCAACGACCUUCAGCUGGAGAGCUCUCCCUCAGCCUCACUUUGCGCUGGACCUACCCUCCCAGCAAGGCCACCUGCUUCCGAGUUCACUACCGCAGGGGCUCGUGCGGCAGUGGUCCCGAACCUCAUCUGCUCCCAAUUGGGGUGGCGUAUGCCCCUCAGUACCGGGUGACUGAGCUGACCGUGCCUGGCGCCCUUUCUGAGUCUUCCUGCCGCUUGGAGUUCCUUGUGGAGCCGGUGCCCGACGAUGGGUUCCAGGUAGACGCUGCGAUGUGGGGGAAACUGGUCUUUGUGUACUCUGGUCCAAAGCUACCCAGUCCUGGCCCAGUGCCUGAAGGAACCUCUUCCAGUUGAUUUACAUUUGGAUCCUAGUGGACAAUGCCCUUCUCUGCUUCCUAGAUCUGUGCUAUUAGGCCCUUUUUAAAGAGGGAAGAAGGCUUUUUAUUGAAGGCACUGGCACUCGUGUGCUCGGGCAUCAGAAGCCCAACCACAGACAAUUCAGUAUCCAAAGAUAAUUUUUCAUUGGGGAAACCACUUUAGUGGAAUAGUUAUCAUGCACUAGAACAACAACAACAAAAUAUUUCAGGGAAGUACAUCCCAACAAAACAA